UAAUAUACCAUGCUGACAUGUCAUUAUUAUACAGGUUUCAUCCGGGUGCAAUAUGCCGAUGAGCAACAUAUAAACAGUAUGUUUGCCAAAUACGAGAUCUACGGCACCGGACAACCCAUACCCGAAGCAGAGGCCGCACUCCAGGCCUAUUGCGAGGCAAAGGGCUUUUAUGCCGACGCGAAGCAGAAUUUUUGGAAAGACAAAUAUAACGCGCUAAAAUUUGCGGCCAAUCUGAAACAUAAGGUGCGUGAUCAUUUCAUGUGGUCCACGGGAAGCGAACACAACGAUCGAUUCCGGGUGUUUUGUGGCGCACCCAUUGCUAAACGGAUCAGUGUAGCUAAGAAUAUCAACAGAAGAAUUAAGGAGGCUAUUAAAUUCCGUAUGGAGACUAUCGGGUUCUUGGUAAAAGCCGCGCAGCCCGAUUCUAAGAUUACCUUAAGCAACGUAUUA